AUGUACACAAUACGUGUGCGUCUCGCGUAUAUAUAGUGUCUGUCUUUGUUUCGUGUUAAACUCAAAGUCUACUGUAGGCUACGCUUGCCGCAUAUACGCGCUCAAAAGUACACGUAGCAAUAAUUAUCGCUUAACUUCAAUUGGCAGGAGUCCCGACUCCCGAGUCCGAAACUCGAGUUCAGUGCAGAAAUCGUCGCUUUCGAAGAUUCUCGUCUGCCUGUAAGGUUAGAAACUUGUUCGCAGUAAAUCUCAAAUUAGUUGCGCUGCAAUAGGUAUAUUAGGUGCGGCGGCAGUAUCUUUCAUUUUUCUCCAACUACUACGCGGUAUAUGCUUUUAUAUACAGUAUACAGCAAAGAGUGAGCGAAUCUGCGAGUCAGAAGCGGACAGGUGUAUAGUGACUACGUAGUUUCACAUCAAAGUAAAUCAACACAAUGGGUCUAACAAUAAGUGGUAUGCUGACUCGUCUCUUUGGCAAAAAACAAGUUAGAAUUCUGAUGGUAGGUCUUGAUGCCGCUGGUAAAACUACUAUCCUGUACAAACUGAAACUUGGUGAAAUUGUCACAACGAUCCCAACGAUUGGCUUUAAUGUUGAGACAGUCGAGUACAAGAACAUUUGUUUUACUGUUUGGGACGUCGGUGGCCAAGACAAGAUCAGACCACUCUGGAGGCACUACUUCCAAAACACUCAAGGUCUGAUUUUUGUAGUUGACAGCAAUGACAGGGAACGUAUUACUGAAGCUGAGCGUGAACUUGCUAAUAUGUUAAAAGAAGAUGAAUUAAGAGACGCAGUAUUAUUGGUAUUUGCAAACAAACAAGAUUUGCCUAAUGCCAUGUCGGCAGCCGAACUUACGGACAAAUUAGGCCUGAAUGCAUUGCGAGGUCGUCACUGGUACAUUCAAAGUGCAUGCGCUACGCAAGGCCAUGGUUUGUACGAAGGCUUGGACUGGCUUAGCAAUGAAUUAGCCAAGAAGUAAAGACAGUAAAAAAGAUUUUUCGUCAUGUGUGCAUGUUAGUGAGUGGUAUUUCAUCUCAAUGAGGACACCGUUCUUUCUCUACAUAAUUAAAUUACUUUUUAUAUUGUAAUGUGAGACUGCCAAAUGUGUAGAAUAACGUUCCAAAUAUCAAGCUUUGACAAAAUGGGUGAAUUUAUAUAUCGUAACAGUUGCACGUUAUGCAGACAUUUUUACAUUUAACAUGAUUAAAAUAAUGUUUACAUUUUUAAUGCAAUUGAUCAUUACAAAAUGAUGGUGUGUGAAUUACUUGAAUAAAAUGAUUUUUUUAUAUACUAUUAAUCUAAAACAUGUAAAAAAAUUUGAUUCAUUGCAAAAGUUUGAUGCAAAAUAAACUUGUAUAUUGCACAAUAAUGCACUACUGAUCCAAGAGUGUAAUUUGCAUAUCUCAUAGUUAAUGGCUUAUUUAAAAUGUCUAGUUCUCAAACACAAUUAAAAUUUAAAUGAAAUAUUAGUAAAAUCAGAUGCUGAAUUACUGUAAUUUUUUUAUUAAAUCUACUUACUGUAAUUUCUGUAAAUUAAAUAAAUCCUAUACUUUUAAAAUUUUU